AUGCGUAUAAACAACACUUUCUCUGCUGGUUUGCCUAUUGUUCAUUCGAAUGCAGAGUUUUCAGCUUUAGUAAACUCAAACACUUUGGCAAACAUAAACUUAACCUUAGUUGACGCAAACUUUGUUCCUGUAAAACUUUUAUGUCCUAUGUAUUUGUCAAUGACGGCAGAAAGUUUCGAAUUGGAAGAUGCAACUGGUGAAAGUAUUGUACUACAAGAACAACUUCAACAACAAAUAGCUCAAGAACAACAAAUGCAACAAAUGGAACAAAUGCAACAACAAAUAGCUCAAGAAUAA